CUGCCUCUCACAGCCGCUGCAUGCGGCAUGCUUUAAAAUAGCAGCGAGCCAAAAAAAAAUAGAAUAGAAAAAGAAACAGUCAAAAUGUGUAAAUAAAAACGCACAUGAAUCUAAACAUUUUACAGUGAAAGCAAACACACCACCACAGCACUCAAACAUAGAAAGAAACACGCACACACAGACACACACACGCAGACACCUACAACAAGAACUAUCAAACAUCAACAACAGCCGCAGCGGCAGCGACAGCAACACAACGUUUAUCAUACAGCGACGUCGACUACGCUACGUAAUCAACCAAGAGCCGAGGGAGCCAAACGCAACAAAGAGGAAGAGCAACAGCGGCGUGUUAAACGGCGACGGUGACGCCGACUGCGACGCUAAUGUCGACGACGUCAGACUAACGUCUGCAGUUUGUCUGUCUGCACUGUCUGGGUAUGUCCUGGCGUCUACAGAUGUACGACUGACGACUACCGAAUUGAUUGACUAACUGCCCGACUGACUGACUGACAGCCACAGUGCUCUAUCUCGCUCGCACACCCGCAUUCUCAGCGCAUCACAGUUAAAACAGUUGCCAAAAGUGCCCCAAAAGCAAGCAAAAAAAUGAGAAAAUAAGUGAAAUGAAAUGAAAUAUGAGCAAAAAGUGUACAGUGUAUAAAAUCUAAAAGCCACCAAGAAUUACAGUGCAAAGAGUGCGAAAGAAUACAAAAGCAAAACAAAAGCAAAGAAAUUGCUUACGCUCCAUCUUUAAUCUAUAACUUUGUAAAUGGAUAACUAUUUAUAUGGAUUAGUAGCUGAUUUAACGAAUUUCGUAGAUGCUAACGCUUUUGUUUGUUGAAGUCGUGGCGCAUGGCACGCCAUGAAAAUGUAUUUCGUGCGCAAGCAGGUGCGUAAAAAAUACUAGAAAAAAUACCAAAAACAAUUGAAAACUGAGCGGGAAAAGGAGAAGGAAACUGGAAAAGGAAAAGUCACACAGAUUUAGAUUAAACUAGCAGCGGAACCCAUUGGACCGCUAGGAAAGGAUUUUUCUUUGGCAUCGCAAGUUUCGGACAAAAAGGCAGCACAACGGCGACCAUCGGCUAUCAAAUGAUGAAACGACGCUGGUCGAACAAUGGCGGCUUCUUGCGCAUCCAGGAGGAGUCCUCGUCGGAGGUGACCUCCUCUAGCAAUGGCCUCGUCCUGUCGUCGGGGCUUAGCAUGUCGCCGUCACCGUUGGAUUCGCCCGACUACGGCGACCAGGGCAGCUGGCUGUGUGGCAACGAUGCGGGUCAGCAUUAUGGCAACAGUUUGGGGCAUGCCACUGCGCAGCAGCAGAGCGUCAUUACGCUGGCCAUGCACGGCUGUUCCAGCACGUUGCCCGCCCAAACCACCAUAAUACCCAUCAACAACAACAACAACAGCAGCAGCAACAACAACAACAACAAUAACAACAACAAUAACAACAACAACAAUAGCAACGGCUAUGUGCCGGGUGCCACGAACCUGGGCUCGCUGGCGAAUGGUGGGCACAUGGGCAGCCUGGUCAGUGGCAUGCAGCAGCUGCAGCAGAAUGGGCAUAGUUUGAUUAACUCGACCACGCCCACAACGAACUUGCAUAUGCAGCAGAAUGGCCUCAACGGCGGCGGCGUCGCAGCAACGGUCGGUGCUAUGUCCUCCAUUGGCCUGGGCCUCAGUGCGCUGCACCACACGAACGGCAACUCGAAUGGACUCGGCUCGAAUCCGGGCAAUGGCGUCAUGGGCGUGCCCAUGGGCAUGGCCAUGCAACAUACGCCGCGCAGUGAUUCAGCAAAUUCCAUUUCAUCAGGUCGCGAUGAUCUCUCGCCCUCGAGCAGCCUCAACGGCUACUCGGUCAACGAGGGCUGCGAUGCGAAGAAGAGCAAGAAGGGGCCGGCGCCCCGGCUGCAGGAGGAGCUGUGCCUCGUCUGCGGCGAUCGAGCGUCCGGCUAUCAUUACAAUGCGCUCACCUGCGAGGGCUGCAAAGGAUUCUUUCGGCGCAGCGUGACGAAGAAUGCGCACUACUGCUGCAAAUUUGGACGGGCCUGCGAGAUGGAUAUGUACAUGCGUCGCAAGUGCCAGGAGUGCCGGCUGAAGAAGUGUCUGGCCGUGGGCAUGCGGCCCGAGUGCGUGGUGCCGGAGAAUCAGUGCGCGAUGAAGCGGCGCGAGAAGAAGGCCCAGAAGGAGAAGGACAAGGUGUCCAGCUCGCCCAGCUCACAGCACAGCGCCGGCGGCCCCGCUGGAGCUCUCCACGGCACCCACGAUUACGUCAAGAAGGAAAUUCUCGACCUCAUGACGUGCGAGGCGCCACAGCAUGCCACAAUUCCGCUACUACCUGAUGAUAUUUUGGCCGAGUGUCAAGCGCGCAAUAUACCUCCAUUAACGUUCAAUCAAUUGGCCGUUAUAUAUAAAUUAAUUUGGUAUCAGGAUGGCUAUGAGCAGCCAUCCGAAGAGGAUCUCAAGCGUAUUAUGAGUCAACCGGAUGAGAAUGAGAGUCAGACGGAUGUCAGUUUUCGGCACAUCACCGAGAUAACCAUACUCACAGUGCAGUUGAUCGUGGAGUUUGCGAAAGGAUUACCAGCGUUUACAAAGAUACCGCAAGAGGAUCAGAUCACGUUACUCAAGGCCUGCUCAUCGGAGGUGAUGAUGCUGCGCAUGGCCCGACGCUACGAUCACAAUUCGGACUCGAUAUACUUUGCAAACAAUCGAUCGUAUACGCGCGACUCGUACAAGAUGGCCGGAAUGGCAGACAACAUUGAGGAUCUGCUGCACUUCUGCCGGCAGAUGUUCUCGAUGAAGGUGGACAACGUGGAGUACGCGCUACUCACUGCCAUUGUGAUCUUCUCGGACCGGCCGGGCCUCGAGAAGGCCCAGCUGGUUGAAGCGAUACAGAGCUACUACAUCGACACGCUACGCAUUUAUAUACUCAAUCGCCACUGCGGCGACUCCAUGAGUCUCGUCUUCUACGCCAAACUGCUCUCCAUACUCACCGAGCUGCGCACGCUGGGUAACCAGAACGCCGAGAUGUGCUUCUCGCUUAAGCUCAAGAAUCGCAAGCUGCCCAAGUUUCUCGAAGAGAUCUGGGACGUGCAUGCCAUACCGCCCUCAGUCCAAUCCCAUAUCCAGGCCCAACAGGAGGAGCAGCAGCGACGAGCCGAGCGAAUGCGCGGCGCCGUCGGCGGCGCCAUCGCCGCCGGCCUCGACGCCGACUCCGCCUCCACAUCCUCCCAGGCGGCACUCGCUGCCGCCGCACAGCAGCAGCCACAGCAUCAACAGCAACAGCAUCAACAGCUUCACGCGCUGCCAGUGCACACACUGCCGCUGUCGCUGCCACUACCCGGUGGCUCCGUCUCAGCUGUCAGCACGACCAGCGAUUACAUAGGUGGCGGCGGUGCUAUGGGCCCCACCACAGCAGCCGCCAGCUCCAGCACCAGCAUCACGGCCGCUGUGCCUGCCACCUCGACGACCGCGCCGGUAGCCAAUGGGGGAGGCGCGAAUAUCAACAUGUAUGCCAAUACGCAGACGGCGAUGGCUCUGAUGGGAGUGCCGCUCAAAUCGGAGCACUCGACGACCACUGCAUAGCCCCUGCUUGAGGGCGUGGGCGUGGCGGUGGGUGGUCUACUGCUGGGCAGCAUUAUUGAGUGAGCUGGGCAGCUGUGUACAACACCUUUACACUCACACACACACACAUACACAUAUAGACCGAGCUGUACCGUUAGGCACUUUGAUAAUAGAUUCAACCGAUUUGUAUAUAGCAGGAGAAACUGUCAAAUUUUACAUAUUCAAAAUAGUUUUUUUUUUACGGAGCUAAACAAAGCAGAGCGCGUGGAUUUAAUACAUAAGUGCGUAACGGCACAAUUGCUUGAUCUAAUAUAUAUAUAAAUAUAUAUAUAGAAAUAUAUAUAUGAAAAUCUGGAGAACAACAUUUUUGAGUAAGCGUAAAAUGCAGUUAUUUAGUGUUAAGCCUGCAAAUAUUAGAUCUAAGGCAUUAUGAAUAUAUAAAAAAAUAUAAUAGUAUAUAGGGACACACAGACACACCCACACCCAAACAC